AUACCAGAUCAGCGGGUACAGAACUGCUCAAACAGCCCGCCUGGCACCUACAAGCUUUCCGUGGUCAAAAUCACUUAGAUCACACAUUUUUUUCUAAGUUUCAGAUGCUGAGCGUUAACUGAAGCUGCUGGAUCCGUAUCUGCAUGAUACAAACCAGCAUGCAUUGUAUGCAUUGUACUGCUGUCACAUGAAUGGCUGAUUAGAUCACUGCAUGAAUAUGACACAAAUUCCAAGGAGGACCAAGCUCCUGUGUGACGUGAGCAGACGCGGUUCUGCUUAAUGAGAGCAGCCUCCCAUCUAACUCUCCUCCCUCUGUAGUCCCACCCAAAAAAGAAAGAAGCUCCGGCUGAGGCCUCAGUCACAUGUUAACUUGGACUGAGUGUACAUUCAGUGACCGGCUCCUCUCACCAGUGAUGAUGGCUCAUGCAUUGGCUGCAGGCCAGUGGAUGCAGGGGUAUACUCACAAUCUUGGUGAUUACGUUAAAGCUCAAAAGACUGCUGGGAACAAAAGUUAAUGUUAAAGGAAGCCCUGUAAAAUUCUAUGAGGUUGCACUCCCUAUUUAUGUGACCUAUAAUGGAACUCAGAAAAGGAAGAAAAUCAAAAUUUACUUAUUGAACUUGAAGUUGAAAGCGAUAGGAAAACAUCGUUAAAGUAUCAGAAUGAUGAUGAAUUUCAGGAGAUUGCGAAAAUAUCAGUUCUUGCAGCUAAUUUCGAUGUGCUGCGUCGUCUCGACGCUCAUGCUGUACUGGGAGCAGGUGGAUUAUCACGUUGUGAGCCAUAUGAAAUCCUACUCCUACCGCUACUUCAUCAAUAGCUAUGAUUUUAUCAACAAGUCCUUCGGCGUGAGCCUUGAACAGGCUAGGAACUUUGGUAGGUUUCCGUACCUCAUAGACCACAAGGGCAUGUGCAGAGGGCAGGAGGUGCUGCUCCUUCUUUUCGUUAAAACAUCUCCUGAGAACUUUCUGAGAAGGCAGGCGAUUCGCUCCACAUGGGGGAACCAGACUUACAUCAAGACGGAGUUGGGUGUCAAUGUGAAGGUGGUAUACGUUAUGGGGGUCCACCCAAACAGACACAAACGAGAUGUUAUUCAGAAACAGCUUGAGGCCGAGGACCAGGUACACAAAGACAUGGUGCAGCAGGAUUUUCUUGACACGUUCCACAACCUGACUGUGAAACUACUGCUGCAAUUCCGUUGGGCGCAUAACAACUGUCCCCACGCUCGCUUUUUAAUGUCUGCCGACGAUGACAUCUUUGUCCACAUGCCCAACCUUGUCCGCUCUCUCCAGGAGCUCAGCGCUCAAGGUGUUGUGGAUCUCUGGGUGGGACACGUACACCGCGGUUCCCCUCCAAUUCGAUGCAAGGAAAGCAAAUACUACGUGCCCUUCCAGAUGUACCAAUGGUCCUCCUACCCAGACUACACGGCAGGGGCAGGUUACGUAGUUUCCAGGGACGUAGCUGCCAAAAUUUACCAGGCCACUUUGUUCCUUAACGCCUCUAUCCACAUCGAUGAUGUUUUCAUGGGAAUCUGCGCAGUCAGCGUUGGGGUCUCACCCCAGGAACAUGUUUACUUCUCAGGUGAGGGGAAAGCCCCCUAUCACCCAUGCAUUUACGAAAAGAUGAUCACAUCUCACGGACACGAGCAUGAUGUCACCUCUCUCUGGAAGGUUGCCACUGCGCCAGAAGUAAACGGAAUCUCUUCGGGUUUCUUCGGGAAGUUAUACUGCACAGCUGUGAAAAUCAGGCUGCUCUGUAUGCCUCACUUUACAAACACCUAUGCCUGCAAAGCAGCCUUUUCUUGAAGUCAUGGAAUCUACUCUGCCAAUCAGUAUUUAAUUUUUGUAUGUAGUAUAUUUGUACAUCUUAUUGUUCAUCUUUUUUAAUGAUUUCAUUGUUCUAAUGAAAUCACCUAUUUUAUUUUUACAUCUGUUUAUUUUAAUUUUUUUUUAUUUCGAAGGCUUCAGGUCCUUCUUUAAAACGUACACAUUAACUAAACAUCUGGGGAGCAUUUUGAGAAGAUCUGUUUCGAGAACUGUCACGCUGUUUGUUGUUACUUGAAGUUUCACUUGAAGAUUCUGGUGUAAUUUAUUACUAUUCUUCGCUAAAAAUGAAUGAAUGCUGUAAAAAAAAAAAAAAAGAAUAAAUAAA